AUGACUGCGGAAAUUGGACAGGCCGCUAUAUAUCUCUCUGUGCUCUCUGGCUUGUGGGCGAUUGGCUUCCUCAGCAUCGGGCUACGCACGCGAAAUCGGAACGCCAUCCGGAGCGGCAGGAAUGCUGUCGUCGCCACCUUCAUCCUCAUCAGUAUUGCGACCGGUGCCUUAAUCUAUGGUUUUGUAACCGACGAUUUCUCAAUGCGCUAUGUUGUUGAGGUAUCAAGCGCAGCGCAACCCCUACUCUAUAAAAUCACAGCACUCUGGGGACGAAUGUCGGGAUCUCUUUUAUUCUGGCUCUGGUUGCUGACUGUCGCAGGCAUGAUUGUCGUCUGGCAAAACCACCGCCACAAUAAAGAAACGAAUGAUACCCUCUCAGAUUACGCCCUGAUUCCAAUGGCAGUCGUGCAACUGUUCUUUAUUAUACUCGUCACUGGAAUCAUUGAAGGGGUUUACAAUCCACUUGACCGAUUUCCGAAUGGACAGAUGGCACCUGACGGUGCCGGUAUGAAUCCACUCCUUCAGACCCCAAGUAUGGCAUUUCAUCCACCGACGUUAUAUAUCGGUUGGAUUAGCCUGACGGUGCCGUUCGCGUUUGCCGUUGGUGCACUCGCCUCCGGUAGAAUUGGAAGCGACUGGAUACUUCGGUCACGCAGGUGGAUGCUGUUCUCAUGGAUUAUUUUGACCAUUGGCAUCACGCUUGGUGGCAAUUGGGCAUAUCGCGAGCUUGGCUGGGGCGGUUAUUGGGCAUGGGACCCGGUUGAAAACGCCUCUUUUAUGCCGUGGCUCCUCGGUACCGCUUAUCUACACUCCAUGAUGAUUCAAGAGAAGCGGAAUAUGUUCAAGCUGUGGAAUAUUCUUCUCGUUACGCUUGCGUUCCAAUUCACACUCUUGGGAACCUUCAUCACGCGUAGCGGGAUCAUUUCAUCGGUGCACGCCUUCGCACAAUCUGAUAUUGGCGGAUAUUUCCUCGGUUUCAUCUUAGCUUCGACUGCCGGUGUCAUCGGACUCAUCAUCUAUCGCUGGAAACGCCUUAAGAGUGCCAAUCGCUUAGAAUCCCUUCUCUCUCGUGAAAGUGCUUUUGUUCUGAAUAACUGGCUCCUCGUCGGGUUAACCCUAAUCAUUCUCUGGGGCAAGACUUCUCCGGUCUACUCGGUCCUCUGUGUCUCCGCAAGUGUUUUCGUGAUUGCGGCAAUCUCCGCUGAAUUUUAUCGCGGUGCAAAACUCCGCGCGAAACGACAGGAAACCUCCUUCCUCAACGGCUUGAACCUCCUUAUCCAGCGUAAUAAGAGACGGUAUGGCGGUUACAUCGUCCACAUCGGCAUCGUUAUCGUCUAUAUAGGUAUUAUGGGAUCGAAAGGCUAUUUUCUGCUUGAAUCCAAGAGUUUGAGAAUCGGGGAAUCAAUGGAGGUUGGCCAGUUUCAACUUACGAUGAAAGACUCGUUUGAGAAAGAAUUCGCGAACUAUCGCCGAACCGGCAUCGUUUUUGAUGUCGCAAAGAACGGGAAACAGAUAGGGACAAUGGAACCAGCACGCCACUUCUAUCACAAGACUGGACAGGGAGAACCGGAUACUAUUGAAUCUGCCAUCCGUCACUUCGGUGUGAACGACUUUUAUAUUUCUCUCGGCAGCAUUCCGCCGGAUGUUAAAACAGGAGGUAUUGUGAACGUACAGGCGUACUACAAUCCUCUCAUUGGCGUUGUCUGGAUCGGCGUUGCUGUGAUGGUGUUAGGCGGGAUUGUCGCGAUAGCCGAAAAAUCUGAACACAAUAAAGAUUCUCAAUAG